AUGAAGGAAAACGCUGUACUUAAGUGGCAAAAAGUUUGCAAUCCUAGCGGCCCACAACCACGACCUCGUCAUGGCCAUCGCGCGGUUGCCAUAAAGGAUUUGAUGAUAGUUUUCGGCGGCGGAAAUGAAGGGAUAGUUCACGAGCUCCAUGUCUUCAAUACUACUACAAAUCAGUGGUUUGUUCCUGUCACGAAGGGUGAGGUGCCUCCAGGAUGCGCUGCCUACGGUUUUGUGGUCGACGGUACACGUUUACUGGUUUUUGGCGGCAUGGUGGAGUACGGCAAGUAUUCUAACGAUCUGUACGAACUACAGGCCUCACGGUGGGAAUGGAAGCGCCUCAAGCCUCUACCGCCGAAACAGGGUUUGCCCCCGUGUCCCCGACUAGGACACAGUUUCACAUUACUAAAUGGUAAGGUGUAUCUAUUUGGUGGUUUGGCUAAUGAAAGUGACGAUCCUAAAAAUAAUAUACCAAGAUAUUUGAAUGAUUUAUACACCUUAGAGCUAUAUCCUAACUCGUCAAUGACUGUAUGGGAUAUUCCACAUACAUAUGGCCAAUCGCCGCCGCCGCGUGAAUCACAUAGUGGUGUCGCGUACACGGAUAAAAAUACUGGAAAAUCUUCAUUGAUAAUAUAUGGAGGAAUGAGUGGCUCGCGCCUCGGUGACCUGUGGGUGCUUGAUGUGGACAGCAUGUCAUGGUCACGUCCAGAAUUAGGUGGCCCACCUCCUUUGCCCCGCUCUUUGCAUACAGCGACUGUUAUAGGUCAUCAUAUGUAUGUGUAUGGAGGCUGGGUUCCAUUGGUUCCAGAUGAAUCUAAACUUGCCACACAUGAAAAAGAAUGGAAGUGCACUAACACACUCGCAUCCCUAAACUUAGAAACCAUGACUUGGGAUAAUAUUGCAUUGGAUAAAUUUGAAGAAUGUGUUCCCAGAGCUAGAGCUGGACACAGUGCUGUUGCUAUACAAACCAGACUCUACAUUUGGUCGGGAAGAGAUGGUUAUAGAAAAACAUGGAACAAUCAAAUUUGUUGUAAAGAUCUCUGGUACCUAGAAGUAGGUGUACCACCACAAGCUGGUCGCGUUGCACUCGUAAGAGCUGGCACUACUUCUCUUGAAUUGUGCUGGCCGGCUAUGAACACUGUUACUACAUAUCUGCUACAAGUUCAAAAAUGUGGUAAAGUCACUCCUGCUCGCUACCCUUCAUCUGCUGAAUCAGUUGCAGCACCACCCCCAGCUUCGCCAGUUGCAGGACAACCUGAUGCAGCCAAAGCAUUUGGAUUAACCUCACCUAUUGCCUCCGGUUUGCCUCCCACUCCAACUGAAAUACCUGUUCGUCCUGUAGCAGUAGCCGCGUCACCAAUAUCUACUCCAAUCGUUUCUACCCCACAGAAAGUAGUGUCAGGUCCAAUCAAGAUGCCAGCCCAAGCUGCCGCAGUUAAGAUAUCUCCAAACACUCCAACUUUGAAGCAGACAUACCAAGGAAAAACAGUUGUUAAAUCUCCAGCAGCUGGCUCCUCUCAACAAAUAAAGGUUGCCGCCGUUACUCCACAAGGAGUCACAAGGAUAGUAAGCGGAGUAGGAACACCGAGUAGCGUCCGAGUGUCCACGCCGCAGUCUAACGCACAGAUCGUGCUCGGCACAGCGUCUGGUGGGUCUGGGACGCCACGCUUCGUACAAGUUAAGACCGGGUCGAGCGCCGGGGUCCCGGUCAAACUAGGAAGCGGCAACGUCAAGCUCGCGGGCAACGCCGUACCGCUCAAGAUUGGUGCUGCUAACAUUCAGGGUAAGAUAACGAACAGCGUACAAAAAGUAGGACAAAUGGCGACAAAUGUUCCAUUGAAACUCGGUGCUGGAAACGUUAAAAUUGGCACAAGUAAUGUGUUAGUGAAGACAGCCGGCGGAAUGCCCAUCCAGGCGGGUGUCGCCAGCAUGCAGGCCAAGGUGGCGGCGGGCGUGCCGGUGAAGCUGGGCGCGGGCAACCUACCCGUCAUCGGCAGCACGGGCGGUGCGAUACAGAUUGCCAGCGGCGCGAUUGCAGGACAGCAAGUGAAAGCGCCAGUGUACAAAAUUGUGACGGCUAAAUCUAGCGACCAAGGGACGACGGCGACGACGGCAGUGACGGGGGCUGGCGCGACUGUGCUGCGGCAGGCGGGCGGCAACGCCGGCAUACCUGUCAUCAUAAAGAAGACCCCCGGAGGUGGCGCGCAGACGAGCAACGCACCUCAGUACGUCACCCUGGUAAAGACAUCCACAGGUAUGACGGUGGCGACGAUGCCUAAGAUGGCCAUGAUGCAGAAUCGACCGGCGACGCCCGCGAGUGGGGCGCAAGCACAGGGCAUCGCUCCGGGCGCCACUAUCGUCAAGCUGGUAUCGGCUAACACGGUGGGCGGCAACAAGAUCAUCACGCUGCCCUCGAACAUGCUGCAGCUGGGCAAGUCGGGCGUGGGCGGCAAGCAGACCAUCGUAAUCACCAAGUCGGCGAGUCAGGCGGCGCAGAGCGGGCAGCCGCAG